AUGUCGAAUCUAACCACCGUCACCACUUCGCCAGACAAGGCCUUUCUGGACACCUUCAUCUCCCUCCUCUCGCGGUCCUACCUGGCCACCCCGCUCACCACGGCCUUCAUCACCGAAAUCGACAACACCCCUCCCACCGCCAACCCUGCCCAUGUCAUUACCCCCGAGCGGCUGACCCAGCACUUUACGCUAGGCAUCACCGCCGCGGCGCAGAGUAAUGUUGUACUGAUUGAGGCGGGUGGCUUCACUGCCGCGGCGCUAUGGGAACCGCCUGACUUCUGUGGGAUACCCCCCUCUCAGGCCCGUCGAAAUCCCGGCCCCAUCCUCCAGGAGUUCCGUAGUAACGCACGAAGACUGAAGGCAAGGCAUCUCUCCCUGCCCGACCAAGGCCCCAGAAGCUACGACCAACCCGCCGCCCCGAGCCAGUCGUCUGGCGCCCCGUCCGAAGACCCCUACCCGGCGGACUUCAACAAGGACGUGGAUUUCGAAACUCGUCCAUUCUACCACCUUGCCAUGCUCGCCAGAGACCCUGAUGCAGAACCAGAUAAAGCCUUGGCAGCGCUCAAGGCCUGCAUGGACCCCUUCUUGAAGAAGGCCAAGGAGGAGGAUGUGCCCGUGUGGUUGGAGACGGCCAGUGAGUCCUCGAAGAAGGAGUAUGAGGACUUGGGCUUUAGAGUAUGUGAAGAGGUGGUGAUUGGCAGUGGAAGGGUGAAUGCCAAGGGGUGGCCUGAGGAAGGGGGUGAGGGAGUCAAGACUUGGGCUUUGAUGUAUGAUAACCAUCUAAAUUGA